AUGCGUUGGGGUAUUCAGCGCUACCCGGAGAUCGCAAUGAUCGUGGUAGCAACUGGACUGGUAUAUGGUAAGGCUAUGCCGUUGUCACUGGUACAAGCGCGCUUCAGGGCGCUUCGCUCCAGGGAGAGGAAAACGGAAAGGAAAGAGGGAACCAUCUGCCGAGCUCUCCUUGCUUCUGGACGCCGCAGCACGACCCAUAAACAGCCACGUUUCGCAGCGAACCCGCUCUCCCCCGUGAUACGGCGACCGAACGCAGCCAGCCCACUGAGGCAACUAUGGUCCAACGCUGCGUUAUCGAUUCAGCCUGAUGAUGCCCGAUUGGGAAUCGGACUCCACCAAUUGAAUUCCAAGAACUCUCCAGUCACCCAAUUAAUGUGUUUCCAAACAACCAAGACUGGAAGGCUCUGCUUAGGCGCGCAACAUCCACGUUUCUUAGCCUCGCAUAGAACAAAGCUGGCAUCCUUCCCAUUCCCGCCCCCACGCCCACAAAUUCAAGCAUUGCAACAAGCGCUCAGUAUAAAUGAAGUGAAGACGUCUUACAACCUGAUCAACCAAUCCGGGGCGCAAUCGAACCAGACCGCCGACCCAGGCCAAGGACCCCCAUGGCCGUCUAAUGGCAAAACACCCAGGUCACCCGUCCAAGAAACGGUGUCAGCGCCCGGUGGCCGAAACGAGGAAGAUCCAGAAAAAUCCGAUCCUACACCUUCAACACUGCAAAUCGCUCGAAACUGGAAAAGAACUACGCCAUAUGCCGUGCGGGAACACGUAUCUGGUUUCGGAAUGCCAAAUGAGAGCGGUCUCUACGCCGCAGACGAGUGGUCAUUUGGCUCGCCAACCCGCCGAUAUAGCCGACUGGUAAACUCCAAGGCAUCGAGAUCCAUGGGCGCGCGAAAAGAGCACCUUGGGCGAGUUGCACAGCUGAGUGUGUUCUGCCAGCCUGAGGAAGCACUGCAGUAUGCAACAUCAGGCGAAAAUGAGAACAUGACGAGACCACUUGUUGUCAAGGAACAGUUCCAGGCGCGAAGUACACAAGCAAUGGGCAAUGGGCAAUGGGAAUGA